CAGUGAUUCGGCCGCUGCGCCGGGGGGGUGGGGGGGCUGCGCGGGACUCUUUUCUUUCAGACUGACCGCGGGGCAGCAAGGGAGUAUGUCGACCCCGGCCCGGAGGAGGCUCAUGCGGGAUUUCAAGCGAUUGCAAGAAGACCCACCUGUGGGGGUCAGUGGCGCACCAUCUGAAAACAACAUCAUGCAGUGGAAUGCAGUUAUAUUUGGACCAGAAGGGACACCCUUUGAGGAUGUGUACGCUGAUGGUAGCAUAUGUUUAGAUAUCCUUCAGAACCGAUGGAGUCCAACAUACGAUGUGUCCUCUAUCUUAACAUCAAUUCAGUCCCUGUUGGAUGAACCGAAUCCAAACAGUCCAGCCAAUAGCCAGGCAGCACAGCUUUAUCAGGAAAACAAACGAGAAUAUGAGAAAAGAGUUUCGGCCAUUGUUGAACAAAGCUGGAAUGAUUCGUAAUAGACAAGUGGUCUGUUCGUCUUUUCAUCAUUGUUGUGUAUAAUUUACCUCCUAGUAGAAAGGCUAACAAAUUUUAAGUGCCACAGGUUUUAAGGAUUGUGCAGAAAAAAAAAGAAAAAAGUCCUUCAGUUUAGAACUACAAAAGCUUGUGUAUCUCGAUUAAUGUACUUUUUAUUGCAUGGUGUGUGAACUAAGUUAUUGCUGCAUAAAUUUGUAAUAUAUCCUGUUUGUAUUUUUUUCCAAGUGUACAAUGUUGGUGUGGAGUUUUCAUGACAGAAUAUACACAUUUUGUAAAUCUGUACUUUUUUCAAAUAUUGAAUGCCUUAUUUUUGAAUUCUUUAGAUUUUUAAAUUGGAGAAAAGCACUUAAAGUUUUUUAUAUAUGAAUACUACAUGUAAAGCUGUUAAAAUACAUAACUUCAGUGCAAGAGACUUUGUCCCUUAUUUCCUUGUCUGUGUAGGAGGGUAAUAAGUCUCUGGCUCUCCAUCAAUUGACAGUUUCAUUUUCAAUUUCAAAAGAACAUAUUUCUGUUUUAUCAAGAAAGUCUUCAAAUUUGAUUCUAAACACCAAUUCUGAUCUUUUAGCUUCAUUUUGAAUGUACCUGUAUUAGUUCCAGUUGAGUAAUUGUAGACUUUGAUUCUGCUUUGAUUCUGUCCAACUCUGUAUUUAGGCUACUUGUUACAGCUUAUUCAUGCAUUACUCACUCUUAAACUGUACCUUUGCAGUUUCACAAUUGGCACAUCUACCAUGAGCAGAGAACUGACAUAAUUUGAUUCUGCUGCUGGUAGCACUUUAAAAGGCUUUUGAUUAGUGAUGAAAGUAAAACCAUAAACAUUUAUCAGAAAUUCGUGCCCCAGUGUUAGCAAUGAAUUGGUUGCAUUGGUUUAAGCAAGGCAGAUAUUGGAAGGAAUCUUGGUGUAAUUUAAGUAUUUGAGGACCACUUUUUAACGCAUUUUCAUAUCUGUUUAUUCUGGGGAAAUGUUUUCACACCAGGGCCUGCUGAGUUGCUUUCUCUUGUGGAGAUUUUUUUAUCUCCUAAGUUGUAUAAAAGUUGUACCGCAUCUGAGUUAAAACACAGUAUUGUAGAAAGCUAAUACAAAGCUAUCCUAUGCCUUCAAAUAGUAUAGAAAAUGGAAAAUAUACAAGUAAAUUCUGUUGAACCACUUGUGUAGUCUCUCUAGUAGUUAAAACAGCUAUUUCAGUAACACUGGGUUUCUUGUCAUCCCUACCAGCCUCCUAGAAAUAAGCUAAGAGCUUCUCUUUUGGAAGAUUGGGUUACAGGAUGCCAGUGUCUGUCGCUUUUAUUCAUUAAGCACCGUUACUGGAAUGGAUGAAUAAUGCUGUUUUCCUUUAAAAGUUAUCACUUGACCUGGACAUGAGGGUGCGUGCCUAUAAGCACAGCACUUGGGAGAAUGAAGCAGGAGGAUCAUGAAUUCAAGGCCAGCCUGAGCUGCAUAGCAAGACCCCGUCUUCUCCCGUCCCUCCAAAAGAAGUUCUUUACUUUGGCUCCUGGGGGUAAUUCUUGGUCUUAAAGAACUUUGGUACAAAUGGGAACUCUCUGGAAUCAUGGCCCAACAAAAGGUGCUUUAUUUAAAGGUACUUUUGUUUUGCGGAGAGUUUUUGAUGGCACCGAGGAGUGAACUCAGGGCCUCAUGCUUGUUAGGCAGACACUGUACCAUUCAUGCACUCCACCAGCCCUAAAGGUACUUUAUAGUCAUAUUAAAUGUAUGGUGCUUGUGUAAUUUAACUCUAGAGUUACAGACUAAUGCUAUUUGGAUACUGCUUCACCACCUAUAUUUGUCCUUAGCUGUUUUCCUUGCUCAAAUUAAAACUGGAAUACUUUAAGUACCAUUAGAUAAUUAUAAGGGAGCUACAUCUUUAAAGGACAUAGGUUAGUAAACCUGACACCUCACUUCAAUCUCAUACCUGGUCUACAUAGCUUUUGGAGAAAAUCCUUAGGAAGGUUCCAUCUUGGCAACUCCUGUUUUGUUCUUCUUGGGUCUUGUGUCCUGUUCUUUUGUUGGGUAUCAGACAUGAACCUUCAGCUGAUAAGAUUGUGCCAUGCAAAUUUUUGUAAAUGCAUGGCAAGAAGCUAGAACUAAGAUACUUGUUUAAGUGCAAAAUUGUAUUGUUGGAUUCAUGUUUCAGUGCUUUUGUGGUACAUUUCCUUGGUAACAGUACUUCUAGCAUAGAACAAUCUGUACAUGGUGAAGUUCUAAGCACUUUAACAAAUUAAUUCUUUAAACUGUAAAAGUAGAUACGUUACAGAUGAGGAAACUAGGUACAGAGAUAAAUGACUUGCUUAAAGGUCACCCAGCUAGAAAGUGAUAAGAGCUGGGAUUUGAACCUAGUUUGAUCUUUUAACUGGAGAUUGAGUUCUCUUUUGGAUAUUCUACUGAACUUAAAUAUUCAUCCCAGAUUAUGGAAAUAUACACAGACUUGUAUCUGUUCAAUGAAAAAAGGGGGUUUUUUGUUUUUGUUUUUUGGCAGGACUGGGACAGGGCUUCACACUUGCAACAUAGGAAAAAUAACAUUCUUGUCCACCAUUUCCACCUGUUUUGUUAUUUUUUCCAGUGUCAAUAAGUAAAGUCUAGAUACAGGAAUAUUUUCUAGCCUGUGAUAUAAAGUACUGUGACUUAAUCAGUAGACCAUUUGUCCCUUCCUAGAAAAUCCUUUAGUCCGUAGGAUACCCUUCAAAACCAACCCUCAAACAAAAUUAUUCCAUUAAUAUGAAUAACUUUUGGAAUAGAUCUAAAUUCUUAACAUAGGUGAAAGUCUGAAAGAAAGCUAUUAGAGGUAUUGCAUUUGUGCUCAGUGAACAAAGUACCUGUCUACCUAAGUUUGUUCAUUUAGUACUUUUAUAUAUAUGCAUAGGUGCUGCUGGGCAUUGAACCCAGGGCCUCAUGCAUGUUAGGAAAGCUUUUUACCAAUGAGCUACUCUUCAAGUAGUGUUGGGACUCAAGUAGCAGAAUUCAGAGUUAUGUUCAAAAUUGUUUUGAGAUGCUAAAAAUUGAACCCAGUCCCUUGUGCACACUAUGCAGGUGUUCUACCAAAUGAGCUAUAUCCCCAGCCCAAAGAUGUUUUGAGUCUCAAUUUUCCCAAGGUUUUAGAAGAUAGGAAUGAAAUUUGGGGAGCUAGAUGAUGUUUUCUAUUGUAUUUUUCAAUACAAAGUCCCAGUGGAGUCUCAGUUCCACAGGGAUUAUGUGUGUACAUAGAAAGCCCAUUAUUUAGAAACUUACCAGUGGUGAAUGAAAUUGUCCAUAGGACAGGGUCCUCUGCCAGGAUGGUACCUCUAUUCACUUCCCAUCUAGUUAGGAAGAAAAUGAGCUGAUAGCAGUUAUCUUCCAUUUUCUUAGUAUAUGACAGCAGAAAUACUAGAAAGUAAAUCUUGCUAUUGAAAAGAGGCCUUUUUCUCUGUCCUUUGAACAAAGAAAAAUAUGCCAUUCUUCCUUCAAAAACUCUCCCCACCAUUGCUAUAACUUAAGAUAAUAUUAUCAGUAAUGUCUUGAGUUUUUAAUGUUUCCUCUGUUCAUAGAAUGGGCUAAAAGAUGAAUGAGCUGUGACUGUCCCACACACAGUUCAACACUAGCUCCUUUGUCCUUGAAACUCAGAACCCUGGAAAGACUUGGACUCCUAGCUUCCUCUUUGGCAUAUGGAAGAUUCAGACUUGGAUGACAAACUUGCAUGUGGAAUGUCUUUGGGGAAUUCUGCCAUUUACUAAGAGUACUUGCCCACAUGUUGCUUUUAUUUGUCACUAACUUCUGUGUUGAUAAUGUUAGGGAACACCCUAAUACACAGAGUGCCCCACUGAGAAAGCAGAUAACCUUUUAGCUGAUUAGGAAAAGGCUUUACCAUGGUAAAUAGUCCUAGUUACAAGUUAACACUUCUGGGGCUGGGGUUUAUGUAGCUCAGUUGUAGACCAUCUGUGUUAGCAUGUGGUAGGUUCUGGGUUCAAUCCCUACCUCCACAUACAUAAUUAUGAGGAAAUUGAUCCUGGAAGACUGAUCCAUAAAGUUUCACUGAGUUGGGAUCUUGAGUAAAGGGGAUCAGAGCCCUUUAGACCUUGAAGGAAGGGUUCUCUCUUUUUUUUUUGGUGGUGCUGGGGUUUGAACUCAGAGCCUCUAGGCAGGCACUCUACUGCUUGAGCCACUCCUCCAGCUCCCUCUCCUGUCUUAUAAUCUGCCAAAAUGAAAACAUAAGAGCACUUAUGGCAGAGCUCUUAGAAGCAGAGAAUUGGCUAUGGCUGCUUCCUCUCUGAAGCCCAAAGGAUAAAGUUGUCGUCCUCCCUUCUCCCUUUAUAAACAAGAUCUUUUGCCAAGAAUACCACAGCCCACCAGCUGAGCUGGACUAGCAGAACUGAAGAAGAGAAUGUCAAAUGCAGAUAGGCUUGCAUCUCUGCCUGGUCCUAUAUAAAAUCAUUUUAGAAACAGUUGGAAAUUUUAUGGCUUGGGGUUGGUUCUUAUACAAAGAAAACAAGGAAUAGGGAGCUGCUCAACUAUUGCCUCAUUCCAAAUCUAAGAUUUUUCUGUUCCAUAGAAAAAGAUGCUUUUGUUCGGUCCGAUAACCACACUAGGCAGUGAGAGGGAGCACUUCAGGAACUUCAGCUGGUCACCAGUUUUAACUACAGGCUAGAAGUACCACCUUCAAAGAAAAGCUGACUUGGUAACGUUGCUGUGCUUCAGUGGGCUGUAGUUCUGAGACUUCCCACCUGAGCAUGUAAAUCCAUGGUUUCCGGCGAAGACUCGCUUGAACAGCAGCUGGAAGGUUGACAUUAGAGCGAGGACAAUCCCAGGGAUGUGCAGGAAGGGUCUUCUGUAAGCCAGCAAGAUGAGCAAGGGCGGCACUGAGGCCUGAUGGUGGCUGGUGUAGCCCAGCCUGGCCUGGAACUCAAGAUCCAGCCUCACAUCUGGAGUGCUGAGAUUAUGGACAUGCACCACCAUGCCCAGCUAUAUAGGGCUGGAUCUUUUGCACAGAACAGCUUGAUAAUAGGCUACAAUCAGCAUCAGGGAUCAGGUUAUUUAAGCAGCAACACACAAACACCAAAGAAAAAUUAGGAACUGCUUUCCAGACAGCCUCUGUCUGCAUGCAUAGGUGUGGGAAGGAGGCCUAAAAGAAGAAUAUGACCUUCGGGGUCCUUCUGAGUCUUCAUGAGAUACUUUUAAAGUAGUAGUUCUGUAUUUUGUUAUAAAAGUAGAAAAUAGUUAUGAAACAACUUGGUAAAUACGAAGUAGUAAAAGGAAACAUGAGUUGUAGUUUUACUCCUUGUGAUGUUGAAAACAGGUUUAAGGGGAAGUGGGACUGCAGUCAGCUGUACCCUAGAAUUCACAGGUUGAUGAGGAAUCUGGUUUAACAGAACAAAAUGGGACAGGCCAUGCCCACAAUGCAGGACAGGAGCAUGCCGUACUUAUCUGAGGUAUCAGGAUUCUAAGACACCUAGUGGAGGUGGGGUCUGCAAAUGACCACAUGAGCUUUCGCAAGAUUUGCCACCUACUAACCCUUUUUCCCUGUAGGUUUUGCCACUGUCUCCUCUCCAGAGCCGCCUGGUAUUUGGUUGGGGAUGCAUUGUUCAUUGCACUAUUUUGUCAGUCAGCCACAUUUUCCUAGUAUCUAACAGAUGCAAAGUUACAUGUAGGCCCUGCUCCACCCUCUUGCAGCCCUGGGAAUGGAGGUUGGUUGAGGGGGGUGGUUGUGGGCACUUGUUUUUCUUUUGUGUAAAUCUGGAAAGGUUUUCAUAUCUUCCCAGCAUGGCCUCAGAAGAAACCAGGGCAGGAAUGAAGCAAGGUACAUUCACAGACAUUAGUUUUCCACUGACUCCUUCAGUAACAAUUAGACUCCCUACUUUGCAGAUGCCUGCACUAAGCUAAAGUAGCUCAACAGAAAGGAAGUAUCUGCUGGCUCACACUUACUGUGGACAAGUCAACGUUCCUGUGAGAAAAUGGUCAAAGAAAAAGGAAAAUGCAGGCUGAAGAGGAUAAUUUUGAUGCCAACUUUAAAAAGUUGCAAACAAACUAGCAAAGCAAGUGCUUUAGCCACCAGGCCCAUACAGCUCAACAAGGACCUCUUUGCUGCUCAUCCAACACUGGUUGGAAGGCCAUACAUAUUCAGUGAUAUUUUUUGGUUAAUUAGCCUCCUAGGUUGGGAAAGCAAAUGGGGCCAGCUUGGUUAUGUUCUAAAGAGGCAUCGCUGCCUGUCAACACUGUGAAGGAAAAAACCGGUUCACAUACCCAGGUCUAUAUAAAGAUAAGCUCAAAUCUAAUGGUAACUCAGCCUCAUUUUUCUUUUAGUCUUUGGUUUCUGUGGGACUCUGUGUCCAGAUUUUGGAGACAGAGGCUAGCAAACUAUUUGCCUGAGCUGGCCUUGAACCAUCAUCCUGAUCUGUUUCCCUAGUAGCUAGGAUUAUAGACAUAACCACCAGCACCUUUCUUCCAGCAGUUUUUAGAGCUAAAGAAACAGGCAACCUUUAGGCUAAUAGAAAUCUGAUUUCACGUGGACAGUACACAUUUUACCUCAGACUAAAGAGCAUCAGAGGAUGGGCAGUGAUUCUGCCCAGUAUUCACAUAAGUCCUGAUUCAUAAGUUCCUGGGGACGUUCAGAGGGAAUCCUUGUCUCUGGUAAGGUAGAAGGUGGAUCGGGUGGACCAACGACUAAGUGAUAUUUCAGAAAAGAUUUUUCCGGUGUAACUCAGUAUUGGGUACAUCACUGUUAACAGAGCACCUGAAGUGAUAAAACUUGCUCCUCACAAGCCUAAGAUGUGUCUUUAACAGAAAAGACCACCUCCUAGUCACGACUUGAAAGGUAUACUUCACUAUGUCCCUUCAUAUGAUCUCACCUGUUCUCACCCCAAAUCUUGGGCAGAUCUGCUUCAUACAUGAAGCCAGAAUUUUGCAGCUCAGAUGUGUGAACAUUUUCAAUGCUGAUGGUGACCAUUUUACCUACACCACGAGGAAUGCUGCAACAAAAAUUUACAUUUCUUUGCUGCUUCCUUUUCAGAAGUUCUUGAGAAUAAAAUCUGUAAUACUGGUUAAUUUUGGAGGUGAAACAGCCACAGUUGUAAAAGUAAUAUGACAAGAAAAACAGGCAGUUUAAGCUGAAGAAACAACGGAGACAAAACCAUUACAAAAUUUAAUUAGAAAACUUAAUGUGGAUUAACUACAGAAGUCUCCAAAAAAUUAAACUCAAGGAUAGGGCUGGGGGUGUAGCUCAGCGGUAGCAGGCCCUGCGUUUGAACCCUAGCACUGCAAUAUAAAUAAGGGAGAUUAGAGGAGAAUCAUUCCACAACUUACACUUCAUACAAGGGCUGGAGGUAUAGUUCAAGUGGUAGAGUGUCUGCCUAGAAAGUGCAAGGCCCUGAGUUCAGCAAGAAAAAACUUCAUAAAAUAGAAAAGCUGUUUUAUUGGUGCUAAUAUACAGAAAAUAAAACCCAUGAGAAACUUAACAAUGCAUUUUUAAAGUGAACAAUCAUACUGAUGCUUUUACAUUUUAUAAUUUGAGUUUUUAGGCCUCAUAUUUGCACAAAUAAUCAGAAUGGCAAAAAGCUAGGCUGCAUUUGAAGAGAGGAUGAAACUACGGCUCACUGAGCACUGUUUGGCCCCCUAACAUUUACGAUUUUAAUUCUUGCCAUAGAUCUCUGUGGUAGGUGCUUUAACGAUCUCCAUUUUCCAGGCAAGGCUUAGUGAAAGAGAAGUAGCUUGUCGAAGAUUACAUAUCACAGAUCCUGCCACCACUUGGGGUCUAUCCUACCAGUCAGUAAGGAGAACAGAGCUAGAAGCUUGGCCCAUACAAGGUGUGCUGCUUAGCUUUCCUCUAAACCCCUGAGCAAGAGUGUUAUCCCACCUACCUGCCCCAGACACCAUACUUCCCCAGCUCUACUUCUCACUUCUGGUUGUUCUUACCCAUAUUCACCAGUAGAUUAUGCUAAGGCAGAGGCUUCUGUCUCAUUGGCCACAAUUGCCAGUGCCAAGCACAGUGCCUGCCAAUGAGGACCCAUGCUGCCCAUAAUGAAGCCCCUCCUACUAUCUACAUCUGGAGGUACAGACUUUAUGGUGGGGCUAAAUAAAAGAAACGGAGGCAGUUUGGAACAGAUACAUUAACUAAAAGGGGGACUAGUAAUACCAAAAUCUCAGAGCAAUGCAGGAUUGCGCUACAAUUUUUUUUUUUUUUUAACAAUACUAGGGUUUGAACUCAGGGCCUUCACCUCAAGCCACUCAACCAGCCCUAUUUUUGUGAUGGGUU